AUGUCUGACCAGUCUCGUCCUUUCAAUGUCACGGACGAACUGAAUAAGCUCCGCCAUGAGAAGAAAAAUGGCCAGAUGAGAGCGCUUCCUCCAAAUGCCACAAUCCAAAAGCGCCCAAUCAUACAUGCACCAAUCCCAUCGCAACACGCCGGCGCAAAGGUUCCCAAAGUGGUUUACGUCUCUUCCAAGACUCCCUUCAUCUCCGCCGUGAAGAGAGUCAAGAAACUUUUGACGCACGUUGAAAAGCGUGCUACCAAGGACGUUCAGCUGAUACGCAAUGGGCCCGAGAAAGGAAUGCGGAAGUUGGCGCAGGCCAGUGAGGAUGUCGGCAAGCAGAGGGAGGAGGUCUUGGUCAAGGCUAGUGGAAGGGCAAUGGAGAAGGCUUUGAGGAUUGGGGAGUGGUUCAAAGAGAAGGAGAAGGACGUGCUUUGCAAUGUUGAGGUCAGGAGCGGGAGUGUCAGUGUUGUGGAUGACAUUGUUGAGACGAAGGAGGAGAGUGAGGAGAGUGCGAGCGAGGAGGAGCAUGAGGAGCAAAUUGAAGAGUUCACCGAAUUGACGACUGAGUUGGAAGGUGGCGAGACUACUCUCGAGCUUCUCGGGAAUCCCACGAGUACAAGUGAUGCCGCAGUGCCAGUCACGGAAACCGAAGAGGCGAAGGAGAGUACAGGAGUCUCAACAGGCACAAAUGCUGGCAAGAAGAAGAGAAAACGUGGCAAGCGCAAGCGGAAGGUCUAUGAGGCUGACGAACUGCCGGAGUCUCGCAUACGAUGGGUCAAGACUGUCGAAGUUGCAAUAUCCCUGAAGGGCUGA